UCCCCUAUUAGUGGGAAUUGGGAAGGGGUUUCCAGGAGCUUCCAUUCGUGAGAUUUGGAAGUGAAACCAAGCUCUGAGGAAACCCUAAUCUCUGCUCUCGUCUUCCUUUGAGCUUCCGUCCUCGCUGCUCGAAAAUGGCUGAUUCGCCUCGCAGGAGGUAUUCGAGAUCCCCAUCCCCUUGGAGAGCAGAGUCCAGGUCUAGGUCCAGAUCAAGGUCCAGGUCUAGGUCCCGAUCUUGGUCCAGGCCGCCAAGGCACAGGUCGAGAUCCAGAAGCCGAGGCAGAUCGAGGUCCAGAAGUCAUGGCAGGGAGGAAACUUCAAAUCCUGGAAAUACACUUUAUGUAACUGGCUUAUCCACAAGAGUCACGGAGAAGGACCUCGAGUACCACUUUUCUAAGGAAGGAAAGGUUGCAAAUUGUUUCCUCGUGCGUGAGCCUCGUACAGAAAUUUCCCGUGGAUUUGCAUUUGUUACCAUGGACUCUUUUGAAGAUGCCAAUCGCUGUGUGAAGUAUUUGAAUCAGUCAAUUCUGGAGGGACGGUAUAUAACUGUCGAGAAGUCGCGGAGGAAGCGUCCCAGAACCCCGACACCUGGGCAUUAUCUGGGGUUGAAGAGUAGCAGAGGCAGUGGCUAUCGUGGAGACAGGGGAAGGUACCGAGGUCGUGAUGAUUAUGGUUACCGUAGGUCCCCAAGGCGUUCACCUUACCGUAGUGGGCGUGAUUACUCUCCAAGGCGCUCACCUUAUCGCAGUGGGCGUGACUACUCUCCGAGGCGGUCUCCUUAUGGUGGAAGGUCGAGGAGGGACCACUCCAGGUCCCCCUUGUAUUCACCUCGUGGUUCUAGAUAAAUGUCUCUGUUUGGUCUCCUUAUCUUGGCCAGAGGGAAAACAAAGAGGAAUGUAGGACUCGUAUGAGUUUAUGAACUUUGCAUGUUACACAGGAUUGUAUGAGAGAUUUGCUGUUAGAGUGUCUGCAUAUGUGUGUUCUGUAGUUGCUCGGAGUUGAAACUAUUGCUUAGCUGGAUGCUUGCUUACUAUUUCACCCGCCUAGUUCCUAGGAGUCGAGACUAUUACUUAGCUGGAUGCUUGCUUACUAUUUCGCCUCUGGUCAUGUACUGUCAACUUCCGCAUGCGAAGAAAAGAAAGAAAGCUGUCUCAGUAUCCCCAUGUGCGAUUUGAUUUCU